CAAAAACCUACCGACGCCCCAAGCGCCGUGACUCUCGUCAUUUCCAAACCUCAACCACCCGACUUUUCGCUACGGAUACUCUUGGAGCAACUACGCUUUCAACCUUAUCUUUUAUCUGCGAGCGCACAUGUCGAAAAGGCUUUCAGGUCACUAACUCCGUUGAUUCACGCUCGUUACGUUGGUUAUAGCUGCCAAGUUCAAUCUCGGUCUCAAGCCCAAAUUAGAAAGAGAAAUCAGUCUGGCUACUGUCUCAUCUCGCCCACUGGAUCAAAUCACCUUACCCAAAUUCAACUUCUUUAACUUCCAAUCUCAGCGUCAUUCAAUCCCAACCACAAAUUACUUUCCGCCACGUACGGCCUCAAUUUUGGAUCAUAGAAUUGUAACGGCAAGGACUGACUGUUGAUCAAUUUACUUGUUUUGGUGGAUAUUCGACUGAGCCCGUUCGUCUGAGCCUGCUGCCUUCUCCAAGGCCACCCAGUUUGCUUCAGCUGUCCCGAUCUCAGCGACACCAUCAUCAUUAAUCAACAGGCACUUCAGUCAGUUACAUAUUGUUCAGCGAGUCCAGCCCCCAGCCUCGCGGCUUUCACGGCCACCUGCGGAACGUCCGGAGUGACUCCAAUUGCGCCUCGUUUCCACGUUCUGGGGAAACUGCUCUGAGUUUGCAGGCUUCUAGGCUUGGCUGUGUGGCCUCUUGGCGUCCCUUACGACUCACUUGUUCCCUUGUGCUGUGCACCAUCGGCGAGUCGGUCUAUAAUGUCAACUUUUACCGCCCUUAAUGGGGGCUCACCCAGGACUACAGAUCCGCCUACUGUGACGAUAGAGAAGCCAGCCAUGGAUGAGCGCGCACUUAGCACAUCGACAUCUCAGCCUCCACCUACACCAGAAGUUUCAUCAAAUCAAAUUCCCAGCCAAAGUUCGGAUCGACCACCGUUCCAGUCACCCGGUUAUCCUGAUGUAGAAGGGUCUCACAAGCGAAAGCGGUCUGAUUCUGUUGAACUUCGUCGUGAGCAUGCUGUGCAUGCUCACACACCGGAAUCCGCUCACCCUCAUCACGAAUCGCGAGAGCCUUAUGGAACCCCCUCAAGAGAUUACCGUCCUUAUGGCGACGAGCACCGAGACAAAGAGUCUUGGUAUUCUCAUCAGGCACGCGAUGAGCGAAGUUACGACUCACAGCAAAAUUCGGCUACCACUCCUCAUGGCCAAACAGAGGAGCAGAUUGGUGAUGCGCUUCGCAGGGCUACCGGUCAGAUGGACCAUGGUGACUACUCAAAUGCCAGCCCAGAAGGUGAUGACCAUUCCAUGAUAUAUGGUGGUCAAUACGGAUCCGAGCAGAGGCGUGACGGGGUUUUGCAGCACGAUCCAAAAAAGAGAAAGAGGAACUUCAGUAACAGAACCAAGACGGGUUGCCUGACCUGUCGGAAGCGCAAGAAGAAGUGCGAUGAGCAGAAGCCCGAGUGCGGAAACUGCCUUCGCGGAAGUUUUGUAUGUGCAGGUUAUCCACCUCAGCGCGGGCCAGGAUGGCAGAAGCCGGACAACAAGGCUCCUGCAGUUCCCCUUGAAUCUAAGGACCCAACGUACAUCCCCCCGGGAGCUUAUGGGAUGCCACAGCAAAACCCUUACGGUAAUCAACCUGUGAAGCGCGAAUCCCUGCCACCUUAUCGUGGCCAGGCUCUUCGCAUAGACCCCCCACAAGGCCGCCCUUUGGUGACCGACGACGACCGGCCAACAGCAUCAACAUUGCCCAGCGCGUCUGUGGCCAGUCCGGAAAACAAACUCUCUGCUCUUCCUUAUACUCCUGCAAACGUUUUCCCAACUCCAGUCAGCGCAAAUCCUCAACCACCGCCACCCUUCGGAGAAAGGAUGGCAAAGGAAUACCAGCGUGUGCCUCCGCUGCACGAUCUCAGCAGGACGGAACCGGAGUCUGCCCAUUUAGGGAACCAGCUUCCACAGAUUAAUAUACUUCACCCAACGAGAACCAACAGUCCUGCUCCUCCCCCGCCGGCACCGACAUCAAAUGCCCAAGUGGCUGCUCAGCUGGCUUUAUCGCACUCGCAGUUCCCUCAGAGACGAACUCAAAAAGAGGAGAUGUUGUCUGGGCGACAUUACUAUCCUUUCGACAAGGAGCUUUGCUUGGAGCGUGAGCGUUGCUCUGCAGCUUGCUGGAGGUUCAACAAUCUUACCACUCCCCCUACUAACGGUGUAUCUCCCGAAGAGCGUGCUCGCCUAUUCCUCGAAAUUCUGCAGCCUCGUGAUCCCGUUCGAGUUUCUCCCACAGAAGCUUCCCCAGUCACCAAUGUUGGCCGCGUAGGCAGGCAUGUUGCUGUUGAGACACCCUUCAUUUGCGAUUACGGUUACAACAUCACCAUUGGCCAUCACGUUGUCAUUGGACGCAACUGCACGAUCAAUGAUGUAUGCGAGGUCAAGAUUGGCGACAACUGUGUUAUUGGACCAAAUGUCAACAUUUUCACGGCAGGGCUUCCCAUUGACCCCAAGAAACGCCAGGGCGGUCAAGGACCUCAGAUGGGCAAACCUAUCACCAUCGAGCAGGACUGCUGGAUUGGCGGAGGUGCCAUUAUUCUUCCAGGGAGGACCAUCGGCAAGGGCAGCACUGUUGGUGCCGGAUCAAUUGUCACCAAGGAUGUUCCUCCUUUCACCAUUGUAGCUGGGAACCCCGCGAGGGUCCUACGCGGCAUCGCUUCUUAAUGCUUAUAUUUGGCGUUGCCUGUUUUCUUUCUUUUUCACCUUGAGACACGAUACCCAGUGUAUUCGCAUGUGUAAAGUUCGCACUGUUGAUGGCCGCCCGGCCAUAAAGUUACAAAACGGUCAACGUUAUACAAGUGGAGCGAAGCCUUUCAAAAGCCUCAGCAUUGCAUUUAUGACCGAUUUUUCUUUUAUCUCUCUGUCUUUUUGACUAUAUUGGAAGGAUUUGCUAUUGGAGUGGGAGCCGAGUGCGACGGGAAAAGCAAAUAUUGAAUGGAGGCGCCAUAAGUUUUAAUAUGCGGAAAUACGGGCCGCUAUGGGGAGGUAGAAAACCUCAUGUGACGAGACGGAGCGACGGACGUGUUGAUGAAUUGGGAUGGUUGUGUUUGUUUUUUC